UAAUUAGGUGUUUAACGCAUAGGUGUGCUAGUCCAGGUAUCGCACAGGGAGGUCCGUUAUAACGUUACUAUUUCUUGGAGGACGCGGAUUUUGUUUCCCUGGAGAACGCGGAUUUUGUUUUCCUGGAAAAUGCGGAUUUUGUUCACCGUUUUUAUCAUAUCUACAUUCUGGCGGAACAUCAGUACCACCAGUACGGUGUGUUGGGAGUGCACGUCUCUUGAUGAUGAAUGGUGUACGGAACAUUUUGUUGGGAAGGAUCUCUCCCCAUACACCGCCGAGACUGUCAACUGUACUGGAAGUUGUAUGAAACUUGUGGCCAUGGUGGAUAUCAAUAAAAGGUUCUAUGUAAGGACAUGUGACGUAACAGAUGGUGUUCCUGGCACGUGCCAAACCGGAAGUCAUGUGCUUGGAAUUCCAAGGAGUACGAUAUGCGUCUGUCCGACCGACCGAUGUAACAAGGCACCGAGACAACACAACGGACCGACAGACACCCUUAUUACACUUCUGUUUGAAAUUCAAAUAAUCAUUUUCUGGACCAACAAAACGUGACGGACUUUCAUGUUAUGUGAAAAUGUCUCAUAUAAAUGUGUUUAUUUAUAUUUUAUAACGUUGAACUAAAAUUUGUUUUCAUGAU